ACUGGUGUCCGGCGAGGCGGAGCGAAAGCCUGGCUGCCCUUCUCUGGCUCUGUCUUGUUCCCCGGGAAGGGAAGCGCCUUCGGUCGGUUCCAUCGCCUCCUGGAGCGCUUCCCGUGUGCAGAGCGCUGUGCUGAGCGCUCCGACGACCGGCGGACCCAUUCCCCCUGGCCGGAGCGGGGCGGCGAGGGAGGGAGGGAGGGAGAGGCGGGCGGGGACCCGAGGUGGCUGCAGCCCGGCCCCGGCACGUUUCGCUCUUGCUUUUAAUAGUAUCCGUUCAUUCAUUCAGUGUGCGCAAGACACUGCGCCGAGCGCUGGCCGCGGACAGACGCAUUCCCUGCCCGCGAGCUCUUACUCUGUGCUAGGCCCUGCCCCAAGCGCUGGGUUACAUACCGACCGCAGACACGGUGAGGAAGCCGUCCCGGGUGGGGGCCGGAGCCCCGCCAUGGCGCUGCCGCGGGAAGCAGACGGCUCCCCGGGCCCCGAGUGCCCGAGCGGCCCCUGGUCGGCCGCGCCGGACUUCGCGUACGGCCGGGAGGACCUGGUCGUGGAAGGGGUGCGGUGGCGGAGGGGCGCGUCCGGAGAGCUGGAGCCCCCCGCCCCGUCCCGCUUCGACCAAGCCCUGGGGGCGGCCUGGGGGCGGCGGAUGGAGGAGGGCCUGUUCCGCUAUCGGCUGGGGGAGCUGCCGACGCGGGUCCUGCCGGGGCCCCUGGGCUUGGUGGCCCAGCUGAACGUGGAGCGGGGGGAGCGGAGGCGGCGGCCCCAGGAUGUCCGGAGCGUCAGACAGGCCUUCGACCCCGGCCAGUUCAACUUCAACGAGAUCCGGCCGGGCGAAGUCCUCUUCCGUCUGAGCCGGGAGCCCGGCCGGGAGCCCGGCGGCGGGGCCCGGGUCCUGGUGGUCAUCAACGUCAGCCCCCUGGAGCGGGGCCACGUGCUGUUCGUGCCGGAGCCCGCCCUGGGCCUUCCCCAGCUCCUCCUGGAGGAGCCGCUGCUCCUCGCGGCGGAAGCCGUGCUCCUCAGCACCCACCCCGGCUUCCGCGUCGGCUUCAACAGCCUGGGGGGCUUCGCCUCCGUCAACCACCUGCACCUGCACGGCUACUACCUGGCCCGGCCGCUGCCGGUGGAGACGGCCGCCAGCGAGCCCCUGGACCCGCGGGGCCGGAUGCACCUGCUCCGGGGGGGCCCCGCUCCCGGAUUCCUCUUCUUCGCGGAGGGGCCGGACCUGGGCCCGGCGGUCCGCGGGGUCUGCCGGGUGGCCGCCCACCUGGCCGAAGGCGAGAUCGCCCACAACCUCUUCGUGACCCGGGGGGCCCCUCCGGGGGACCCGCCGGCCCCGGGGGCCCCCGCCGGCCUCCGCUUCGUCCUGUGGCCCCGGCGGGCCGGCUUCGGGGUCAAGGAGGGGGCGGCCUUCAACGUCGCCCUGUGCGAGCUGGCCGGCCACCUGCCCCUCAAGACGGCCCGGGACUUCCGGGACCUGACGGAGGCCGCGGCCAUGAGCCUCAUCCGGAGCUGCCUCCUGCCCCCGGACCGGUUUGCCCGGCUGCAGCGGGACCUGCUGGCGCUCUUGGACUAGCCCGGGGGGGUCCUCGCUCCGCCCCGGCCCCCGGCGCCGAGGGCCGCCCGCUGCGAGGCACCCCCGGGCCCGCCUUCCGGCCGUCCCGCUGCCUCCGCUCGGACAGAGGACGGGGCCCGGGGGGGCGCGUCCGUGCGGGGGUCCCCCGCGGCCCAGCGGGAUGCCGGGGGCCGGCCGGGAGGGGAGGCGCUCGGCAUACAGCGGGGGGGUCUAGGCGGGUGGGAAUUCCCCAGAGGGGAACCGCUACUCGCUGCGUUGGCGGGAGCCGCCCCACCCCUCUAGGUCGGAAGCCGGCGUGGGCAGGGAACCCGUCUGCCGGCUCUGUCUCGUCCUCGUCCGAGUGCUCAGUACGGUGCUCGGCACGCAGUAAGCGAGCGCUCCGUAAAUACCACUGAUGAUAUAGCGAAUGGGGGCGGGGGAGGUGGGUAUCGGGCGGACCCCUUCUCUGUCCGGGGCAGCCGGGAGGCUACGUGAAAAGUGAAAGACACGGGCCCUGGUGCUCUCGGACAGUUGACCGCGUCGUCAUGUACAGGUAGUGGGAUAACAGAAACAACUGGGAAGACCCGAAGUUGGGAAAAUCAAGAGCUAAAUAAAUAAGUGGAUAAAUACGUGGAGACUGGGCAUCUCUAGAGCGCCAGAGUGGCUGUUGGAUUGAUGAGAUCGGGGUCGGGGGGUCAUUAAUAAUAAUAAAAAGAAUCGUGGUUUUUUUUUUA